GAGCGGCGCGGGCGGGGAUGGCGCGCCCUUGAGCGGUGGGGCGUGCGCCGACCUGCCCCUUCUCCUGCCGGCUCUUCCUCUUGAGGCUAUGGAGACGGUGCAGCUGCGCCAUCCGCGCCGGCAGCUAAGGAAGUUAGAUGAAGAUAGCUUGACGAAACAACCUGAAGAAGUGUUCGAUGUGCUAGAAAAACUUGGAGAAGGGUCCUAUGGCAGUGUAUUCAAAGCUAUCCACAAAGAAACUGGCCAAGUUGUUGCAAUUAAGCAAGUUCCUGUUGAGUCUGACUUGCAGGAGAUUAUUAAAGAGAUAUCCAUAAUGCAACAGUGUGAUAGUCCUCACGUAGUGAAAUAUUAUGGCAGCUAUUUUAAGAACACGGACCUCUGGAUAGUCAUGGAAUAUUGCGGUGCCGGAUCUGUGUCUGAUAUUAUUCGACUGCGAAAUAAAACGUUAAUGGAAGAUGAAAUUGCUACAAUAGUACAGUCAACACUCAAAGGACUUGAAUACCUGCAUUUCAUGAGGAAAAUACACCGUGACAUCAAAGCUGGCAACAUAUUACUCAACACUGAAGGACAUGCUAAACUUGCAGAUUUUGGGGUAGCAGGCCAGCUUACAGAUACCAUGGCGAAAAGAAACACUGUGAUAGGGACUCCUUUUUGGAUGGCACCUGAAGUGAUCCAAGAAAUUGGAUACAAUUGUCUGGCAGACAUCUGGUCUCUGGGCAUUACUGCUAUAGAAAUGGCUGAAGGGAAACCUCCGUAUGCUGAUAUUCACCCAAUGAGAGCCAUUUUUAUGAUUCCAACAAAUCCACCUCCAACGUUCCGAAAGCCAGAAUUAUGGUCAGACGAAUUCACAGAUUUUGUCAAGCAGUGCCUUGUGAAGUGUCCGGAAAAAAGAGCCACAGCCACCCAGCUGCUUCAGCAUCCAUUUGUAAAGAAUGCCAAAGGAGUUUUCAUUCUGCGAGACCUGAUAAAUGAGGCAAUGGAUGUUAAACUGAAAAUUCAGGAAGCUCAACAGCGUGAGAUGUAUCACGAUGAUGAAGAAAAUUCAGAAGAAGAUGAAACUGAUUCUAGGACCAUGGUGAGAGCAAGGGGACAAGAAACUGGAACAAUCAGAGCUGCUUGUGGAAUGAGUGAUGGCAUCAAUACAAUGAUAGAAUACAAUGACACCUUAGAGUCACAAUUGGGAACAAUGGUCAUAAAUACAGAAGAUGAGGAGGACGAAGGGACAAUGAAGCGGAGAGAUGAAACAAUGCAGUCUGUCAGACCAUCUUUCCUUGAAUAUUUUGAACAAAAAGAAAAAGAGAAUCGGAGAAACAACUACGGGAGGCAGGUGUCUGAAAGAUAUUCCUCAGAUUGGAGAGUACCUCAGGAUGGUGAUUAUGAAUUUUUGAGGAACUGGACCGUUGAAGAACUUCAAAGGAGACUUGGGGCACUUGAUCCCAUGAUGGAGCAGGAGAUAGAAGAAGUUCGCCAAAGGUAUCAGUCAAAAAGGCAGCCAAUUCUUGAUGCCAUAGAGGCGAAGAAAAGACGCCAGCAGAACUUCUGAGGGAGCUUGGAAGUAAACUAGAUGACCAUCAUCCCUAACAAUAAACUUGCUUCUACUACUACUGUGUAGGUGGAUUUCUGUUUUAAUUGUGUUAGCAAAAGCAGGCUAAUGUCUGCUCUUCAUUUUACUGUAGCACCUUCUUGAACUCAGGAACGCCAUUGUGUGGAGUCCUUGUGAACAGAUUUUGAAGUGUUUCAAUGUUAGAUGCAUUUUAAGUAGAUUGCAUGUUGCUUGGGAGGAGUCCUGUUAAUGUUUACAGCUAGUCUUUUGGUUUAUGAAUCCACAAGACAAUUGGAAGUGAACUAAAGAAUGUUGGCCCUUAGGCUUUCAGUCAGUUUCAUAGGUCUGCAUAUGAGUUCAGUCUGCACUGUGAUCUUGAACUACUUCAUUUAUGUGUGAAAGUAAAAUGAGACUUCUUGCUGGAUGAAUUUAUGUUGAUGUGCAAGGAAUGCAAAGUACAGAAUCCUUGAAAGUGUUUGUGAAACAUAUUUCUCUAGUCACUUAAGUUGAUCCAAGAAAAGAUGCAUCAUUUAACUUUUUCUGUAUUGCCUAUUUGCAGUAACAGCUGUUUAUUAAACUACUCUUUCUUUUAUCUUUACCCUAUUAAUGUUUUAAUGGAAUUUUGGAAACAGUUUUAAAAGGAAAAAUAUUUCACUGCCAAGAAUAUGCAAUCUGUUCUUGUAUUUGAAAUGGAAUAUAAAUUUCUUUUUCCCGUCCCUUCCAAAAGCCUCUAAAAGCCCCAUGCCUUACAUUGACCUUUGUAAAGAAUUCUAUUUCAAGCUUGCAUUUCUGGCAUUUCUACUGUGUAUGUAACUUGAAGUGACUGAUGAUACCUUUUGAAUGAUUUCUUGGCAUUUUUAAUGUGAAAGCAAUCCCUUGCUCAAGAUAACGUGAAUCCUACAACCUUUAUAUUUUUUCAGAAUCCCUUACAGCAAAGGAAUGUCAAAGUACUGCAGCUCAGGAAAUUAUAAACUUCCUUGAGAUAGCAAAAGGUUUAAAAUAUUUAAGGAAUGAUAAACAUUUAUGGACUUGGCUAUAUUUGGCAUAAUUUGCCUGACACUUCCAGUAUUAGUUUUAAAUUUAACCUGGUAUGUAUUUUCAGGUUAUUUGGAAAGGUUAAAGAUGUCAGAUUAAAAUAAAGUUAUGGUGACCCAUAAGAAUACUAUCAAAAUGCCCUUUUAGUCAAACUUGGAUGUGGCAAGUUUAAUAAAGCAGUAGUAUUUCAGGGAACUGGAACUCUACUAAAGAAAAUGAGAAAUGUACAAGAAGAUGUCUGAAGGCUUGUGCAGUUCUCAGUACUCUUAGAUUUUCACAGGUGAAGGUUUUAGUGGAUUGUGCUUGUGACUAAUUGUGGUCUUCCUGGUUUUCAAAAGUAUAAACAGCAUUGCCUCUUCUCCCAGUUUUCAUAACAUGUAUGAAAAGAAUGGAAUAGCUGCACUUCAGAGAGGAUUCUUUGCAGAUGCGAGUGCUUCAUCAUGUGACUAGGGAGUCUGAUAGUCUUCUGGUCUUGCAGCACCUUGUUCACAUGGCCUCUUGACAUCUGGAAGGUGCAUGGGAAGAGUGUGGCUCAAAGGUCACAUUUGUGCAUGGAAGGCUGUGCAGGUACUUUGGAUGCUGGAUAAUGUCUACCAUUAUUGACUCUGCAACUUGAUAAACGUGCACUGGAAUAAAGGCAGAAGUGUACAAAUCCGAUCUACUCUUGCUGUUCAAGGCCUGAAAAUAUACGCAGGAGCCCAAGUAUAAUUUGAACUCCACCAGAUUCUUCUCCCUAUCCAACUCUACUGUACUGCUGAAGCAGAGGUCCUUAUUUACUGUAUAACUUCUACUCUGCUGUUAUCCAUGCAACAGUCUAAGUGUGGAUUCACCAUGCAUUCUUUCCAGACAAGUACACACUUUUUUGUGAAGCAAUCUAACCUCCAAUUUCAAAAAGAAGUAGAAAAUUAAAGAGACGAUCAAGUCUUUCCUACUGCUAGUGAGUCUGAUAAUUGUCAAUGGAGCCUAGGUCUUUUCAGCAUUAAUGCUGUGGAAUUUUGCCUGCUACAAUGUAAUGGUUAAGACUACUGAUGUUCGUAAGAUCCUAGUCAUUAUUAACUUGGGCUUUGCUCUGAGUUAGAAGUACUAAAAAAGCCAAACAGCUGUUUCACUGAAAACAACAUACAAGUCAUAGAACUUUGAUGGAAAGAGAAGCAUUGAAUAAUAAACCAAAGUAUCUUCUAUAUGAAGCCAUUCCAUUCAGAUACUGGGCAACUACCUAUUCUUGACAUGGUGUUGCUUAAUGGAACAACAGUUUUGAACAAACCCUAUUAAGACAAGUCAGCUUGAAAUACAAGCCAGCCUUUUUAAGAUAGGUUUUCUGGUGAUAGUUAAAACAUUCCAGCAAAUAGACAUCAACCAUGGAGACUAAAAAGCUGUUCACUCACCAUGGAAUAUGCCAAAGUAAGGAGGUGCUAUCUGCAGAACAAAUGACUUUGGUACCAUUCAUUCCUUUUGUAUCCCUGCAUGUGAUUUCCCUGUCUUUUCAAUACAGUUGCCACCUAUACAAACAAGGUGGUGGUGUGUGUGUGGGGGGGGUGGGGGCUUGAGUAAUGGAUGAAGCCAAAUGGCUUCCGAAGUGAGAACAUUUUACCUCUGGUUGUGAUGCUUACACAGAAUGUGACUUGUACAUGGAUCAAGUUGAAUAUGUUGCUUUAGCUAGGAAUGCUUACCUCUUCCUGUACCAUAUGUGCCACUGAUUCUCUUCCUCCACACUCCUCCAAACUGGUGGUAGGGAAAGACACAUGUUCAAUAUGUGUUGAGCUAGUGAAAUUCCUGUCAACCUGUAGUGAAAUGAAACUUUUUGCUGUGGAAAAAACCCAGCAGUCUCAGUAACUUAUUUCCUAACCCUCCUCCUCCCUGCACCCACCAAACAAACUAGAUGAGGACAAAGGAAGGACAUGCUUUCUGCUCUUGUAGUGUAGCAUGAAAAAGCCAACUUUGUCAAAUUCAGUAACUUCUUUCUAAUUACCAGACUCCAUUUCUCAUUUCAUUUUGGAAUCUUCUGCAAGAAUACAUCGCUUCAUCUGUCAUCUGGACUGUAAUUUCAGAGACAUCUCCUGAAGGAAUAGUGCCCAGCGCAAACAGUAUUAGAUCAAAUAUUCAUAUGCUUUUUCACACAGUUGAUGGUCCCAUAUUGCCCAGCUAGAAGCAAAUCUAAAUUAGCUGCCACAUUUUCUUUUUGCAGUCAUAAAUCAAAUGCCUGGUGUCAGUUCCGUGAAAGACUUAAUGUGGAAUUAGUAGCUUUAAUGAUUUGUAAUAAUUUAGCUCAUCAUACAACUGUAACUUGAAAUCUGAUUUGUAGAAAUCUGUUUUGUAUAUAAUAUUGAAUCUUUAGCUUGUAUAUGUACAAAAAUAACUUUUUAUUACAUUUGUGAGUUUGAUACACAAAGUUUUGUUUUGGAUUUUAAACAUCUUGCCUUAUGUGUUCAAAAGGGCAAAAUAAAUUGCCCUAAUAAUAAAAGUGUUUUUUUUAUGGUA